AGUAGAAUUAAAGAUAACAGAUGAGAAAGGCUUAAUUUCAUACUAAACAAAACUAUUGUUAUUCAUUGUGGUGUUUUCUUUUGUUUACAAUUGUUUUUAUGUGAAGUGGACAAUGGCGGUAUUUCUAUUGCUCGCGUUCCUAAGUGGAGUUUGGAGUUGCCAAAAUGGUUGGUUACAACACGACUCGAAUUGCUAUCACUUUAGCCAUGACCUGGAAGACUGGACCGGUGCCGCUUACAUGUGCAAAACAAUGGGUGGUAAACUUGUCGAAAUUGAAACAGCAGCAGAGAAUUCUUUCUUGAAAGGAGUCGUCGACAAUCGUAAACACUCCUAUUGGAUUGGUCUAAGUGACGUCCAAGAAGAAGGUAUUUGGAUGUGGAUGGACAGCAAGGCAAAGCUAAGUGAUACUGGUUUUAGUAGUUGGGUAUCCGGAAACCCAAACAAUGAUGGUGGAAAUGAAAACUGUGCGACCAUAAACCAAAAUACGGGAGGGAGAUGGAACGAUUGGCAGUGUAGGCAAAGCAUUUUCUAUAUAUGCGAAAGUGAUAUAGAAACACAGGUCGUGGGAUGACUGUCAAUAUAAACAGGAUGAAAUAUAUUUUAAGAAAAAAAAUUGUGUUUUUUUUUCUCUCUAAAUAAAGUGCUCUUUUUGAUA